UGACAUUGUGGGAAAAGCUAUUCAAGAACAUCCCUCCAUUCUGGAUAAUGUCAGCAAUUUCUUUAUGAGUGACUUGUGAGCAAUGGAGGAGCACAAAGCCAUCCUAAAAUUUUUCCGGAACCUCUCAGAGGAGGAGAAUGGGGACAUAAUACAAGGAGACACAGAGCUGAGUUUUAAUCAUGUAAAGAAAAAUGGGGAUAUGAGUUCUGAAGAAACUCUGAAGAACAGCAGAGACUUCUUAUCGCAUGCUAUAUCGCCUCAUGUUGGAGAGAAUACGACCCCUAACUCAGAGGGAUAUAUACCUUGGAGAGAAGCUGGAAAUGACUCAGAUAUGACAGAGGAGGAGAGGAAUAAUGUCAACCUCAGAGAGCAGCAAAGUGUGGCUGCAAACGCUGAAAAUGGCUCAGAGAAGCAGAUGUUUGCAACAAAUCAAGAACAGAAUAAGACACCAAAUGAAAAUUGUGACAAAGGUAAUGGCUGCAGCAAGGAAGAUUGUCACAUAUCAGAGAACUUGCUGCAUGAAAGUGAAUUGAAUGAAUCUGUGCAACCAAGAUGUCAACUCAUUGCAAAUGACUCAGCAAAUACAGGUAGUGAUUGUGUUGCACCAGUCAGUGUCGAGCAGGACGACACUGAAGAUGCUAAUCAGAGAGAGAGAAAAGAAGAAAAUGUUCACAGCCAGGAAGAUUUUAUUUCAAGUACUUACAGUUUGGAUUUUGACCCUGAGGAAUCUGCAGAAAGUGCAUCAUUUAAACCCAAACAUGCAGAGAUGACCGUGACUCGGACAGGACCUGCAGUUGAGGAUGAACCUACACCAGCGCUAGAGGAAGCCUUUAGCCCUUCUUGCAUUCAAAAUGAAGAGAAGAACGAUGCAGAAGAGGACAGUUAUGACGAAGAAGAGAAAAGAGAUGUAUUUCCAGAUUUUUCUGCUCAAUCCCACCAUCCUUCCAUUCCAAAAGACGAAAAUAUCUUCAUAACAUCUGCAGCCAACAACCCUCCACCUGGAUCCACCUUGACUCGAGCCACCUUCUCCCCAGGCUCCUCCACGGACAAACAGAUCCAGCUCCCAGCCCUCUUCAGCGGCCUGAGGGUCCUCAGGAAGGGGGUGGUUGGGCCCGAGCACGACACCGUGGCACAGAUCAAACCGUCUUCUCAAGGAGCAAGGAGGGACAUUUUCCCUGAGAGGCAAGGUGAUGCUAAAGUUCAGGGAGGCUUCCUGGGUCAGAUCUCCCAGUUCCUGAACCGGGAAAAGAGAGAUGAGAAAGAGGAGAGGAAGGAGGCUGAGGGAGAGCAGGAUGAGACUGAUGAGAUUGAAGAAGGUCAAGAGGGUGAUAGGAAAGAACCCGAAACAGAGGAGGAGGUUUCAACUGAGUCCACGAAACCUUCUGUGUCCAGUGCAGAGGCAGCAUUCGAUGCCUUUAAGGCCUUUUUCACCCCGAAGCCUUUAAAGAAGGACCCAGCAGAGAAGGUGGACCUGGAGGCAGUGAGGAAGAAGAUAAGAGCAGAUAAAGAUGUGCUGAGAGCGCUUUUUGAGAGAACCAAUAAGACCCCUGAGAAGAAAGACUCAGCUGAUGGCAAAUCAGAAGCAUCCACCCCAGCAGAGGGAGAGGAGAGAACUCCUGGCCGCCUACAAGCUGUCUGGCCGCCACUUAAAGAGGAAAAAGUUGGGCUGAAAUAUACAGAAGCAG